UCAACCUGAUUGCUAUCAAGAAGCUAUUUUGAAAAUUGAAGGUUUAAGAUUGGGUUGGGUCUUUCGUGAAAAAAUUAAGUGAAAAGUAUUGUUAUUUCGUCAAAUUUGUGACUUAAAAUAAUCCAAAAUGGCUCUAAGCGACGCUGACGUUCAAAAACAGAUCAAGCAUAUGAUGGCCUUCAUAGAGCAAGAGGCCAACGAGAAAGCUGAAGAAAUCGACGCUAAAGCGGAGGAGGAAUUUAAUUUGGAAAAAGGUCGGCUGGUUCAGAAUCAACGAUUGAAAAUCAUGGAAUAUUACGAACGCAAGGAAAAACAAGUUGAAUUACAAAAGAAAAUACAAUCUUCGAAUAUGUUGAAUCAAGCUCGUCUGAAAGCUUUGAAAGUUCGUGAAGAUUACGUUCGCGAUGUAUUGGAUGAAGCUAGACGUCGUUUGGGACAAAUUACGAAAGAUGAAGACAGUUAUAGAGAAGUACUACGAAAAUUGAUUGUCCAAGGGCUUUUACAAUUAUUGGAAAACAACGUCUUGCUCCGUAUCCGUGAAAAAGAUCAAAGCAUCGUUGAAGGUGUUCUUAGUACGGUAAUUGAAGAUUACAAGAAAACCUCCGGUAAAGAAGUCAAUAUAAAAAUCGAUUCUGAUACAUUUUUAUCUGCUGAAACUUGCGGAGGUAUCGACUUAUUGGCGCAAAAAGGAAAGAUAAAAAUCAACAAUACUCUUGAAGCUAGACUUGAAUUGAUCGCCUCGCAGCUAAUUCCAGAAAUAAGAAUCGCAUUAUUCGGUCGUAACCCUAAUCGUAAAUUCAACGACUAAUCGCGAAAUUGGUAUCAUUUUAGAUUCACAUUCCGCCUUUGCUAUAUCUUCUUUCGAUUUCUUUAUUCAUUAUUUUCAAUUCGUUUGGCUACUAUAAACCAAAAUUCCAUGUAUAUUUUCAUACUUUCCGUUCAUCAAUUUUUCAUAAUUGUAAGUUACCAAAAAUAAUGAAAAACAAUAUUCAAAAAAUAUGUGUGACAUACGUAACCUAGUUUUUAGUCAUAAGACAUUGUAAACUUAUCUUAUAGCGUUAAAUAGCUUAUUUAGUUAUUUUUAAAAUAUGAUUUCUUCGAACGUUCUACAUUACUAUUGUAUUCGUUGUUUAUUAAACGAGGAAAUCCAAUAUUUGUCUUGUUCGAAGUCUUCAUUGUAUCAUAAUGUUUCACAUAUUACCUAUUUUAAAUUAAAAUCAUAUUUUGAAAAUAAGUGCGCGUUGUUAUUCACAUAUACAUGAAAUUAAUUACGAUGAUGGAGUAAAUGUGAAAAAUUGUUAAUUUUUGUAUUUUAUCAUUUUAAAAAUAUUACUUGUUAUGAUUUUAGUUGAAAUAUCGAGCGUUCGCUCAUCUCAGUAUAUUUGUUAGGUAUUAAAAUAGAAAUUUGAAAGUUAAAUAAGCAGAUUCAUUAUAUGAAGAAUUAUUAUUUGAUCUUGUUAAGCUGUGCAAUAAUAGGACUUUAUGUUUGCUGAAAAUCAUAUUUCAUUAAACAAGUUUUACUGUUGAA